GUUACUCAUCGCCAUCUUGUUGCAACCCUUUUCUUGUCUGGGUGAUUCGCGGGGGAUCUGGGUUAUUAUUUUAUUUGUUUUUAUUUAUUAUUUGCUUUUUUCCCGCACUGGGGAGGGAGAGGAAACCCCCCACCCCCCGUUACCGACCGCCGAAGCCCAGUUCAUUGUGUGAUUUUUGUAGCGGCGGAUUGGGAAUCAGUUUUGCGAGGAGUGAGAAAUGAGCCUGGAGACGUUACUGCAAGCAGCCCUGUUCCUGGAAUGGCAAGCCCAGCAGCAGCAACAGAAAACACGUGAGGAAAAUGAUGAUAAUAUUUUAGUGGAACAAGAAGAAGAGGAGGAGGAAGAGGAAGAAGAAGACCAGAAAAGUAUAGUGAGAACAGAUGAGCUAAUAAAGCAAGUCCCACCCGAUCCAGCCUCUCCACCGGCCCCUGCCCCUCCUCCACCACCGCCUCCACCCCUCCCAGCCCCCGUGGCUGUCAUUCCCUUACCUGUGGUGACCAGCGCACCUCAACCAGUAGUCCAGGCGUCUCUGUCACCACCUGUUGUGCAGCGUCACACACCUGUGGUCAGCCCACCCGUUUUGAGCAAAGAAGUGUCUCUGGCUCCCGUCAUACAACGGCCUGCUAGCCAAAUGAUCCCUGACCUCAAAACCACCCCUCUAAGCAUGGGGAGUCCUAAGCAGCUGCACCAUUACCCAGCUCCCGUUCUGGCAAUCGCACAACAUCACCUCAUGCAGCAGCAGCAACAACAGCAGCAGCCGCAGCAGCAACCCCAUCAACAGCAACAACAACAACAACCAAUACAGCCGCAGCCAACAGCCCUUCAGCACCCACAGCAACAGCCACCCCCCCAGUCACUGGGUGCCCUCAGGAUUCCUGCCCUAGAUGACGGAAGGACCAGUGAACAGAGGAGGCGACCUGGAGGGGCUGGCACCCGGGAGGUCCAUAAUAAAUUGGAGAAGAACAGGCGGGCGCACUUAAAAGAGUGCUUUGAGACGCUGAAAAGAAACAUCCCCAACGUAGACGACAAAAAGACUUCCAACCUCAGCGUGCUAAGAAGUGCUCUAAGAUACAUCCAGAGUUUGAAGCGAAAAGAAAAGGAAUAUGAGCAUGAAAUGGAGCGUCUGGCAAGGGAAAAGAUAGCUACCCAGCAGCGGCUGGCAGACUUGAAGAACGAGCUCAGCCAGUGGAUGGAUAUUUUGGAGAUUGAUAGAAUAGUCCGUCAGACCGUUCAGCCUGAAGAUGACCAGGCGUCUACCUCCACAGCUUCAGAGGGUGAAGACAACAUUGAUGAAGACAUGGACGAUGAGAGGCCAGUGAAUUCGCUGACAAAGAGGCAUCAGCCUGAGCUUCUGAAGAUGGUACCAUCCAGUGCAGCUCCCCACAAUCACCAUUCCACUGUUUUGCCUCAGCACGUGUCCAUUCAACAGAAACAAACUUCCUCCCCCCAUACACAGCCUCAGAUCUCCAACCAAGCCUUGGUCCCGCCUCAGGCCCUGGUGCCAGCACAGACUCAUAUUGUGGCUGCCUCCACUGUGCAGUCCACAGUUAUAGCCCAUACUGCCACUACUCAUGCGUCCGUCAUUCAGACUCUCAAUCAUGUCAUCCCUGGGCCUCAAACCAAGCACAUUGCUCAUAUUGCACCUUCCACGUCAAGCCCUGUACAGCUAACCACUGCUGCUCAGCCGAUUGGCCACAUCACUGUGCACCCAGCUACCAUCAAUCACAUGACCCAUCUUGGCCAGCAGUUACCCAUUUACCCUCAGUCUGUUGCGGUCAGCCAGCCCAUGGUGAGCCACAUCGCUCACACCAUCACUCACCCACAAGUUAAUGGAACCACAAACCUGGGGCAGCCGGGUGUUAUGGCAAAGCCUACAGUGGGGACCCAGAUGGUCCACCACCCUCAAUUAGUUGGGCAAACUGUCCUUAACCCGGUGACUAUGGUAACAAUGCCAUCGUUCCCUGUCAGCACUUUGAAGCUAGCCUAAACACUCAAAGCUUAAAGUAAGAAUGAGUUCAGAAUACGUAAAUAUGUUGUAUCAAACAGACAGCUUCUCCUAAAACUCCAUACAUUCCUACCAAGUCAUGUUCCAAGGAUGAGAAGAACAGACGUUCUGUAAACAGGGUUACUGCCCGCAGUCAAUUUGGGGAAAAAAAGCUGUUUCCUAGGCCAUAACUAAGGCCCAAAGUGCUGGAAUUUUACCAGU